AUGGGUCGAAAAGUGACAGUGGCGGUGACGACGCUGAACCAAUGGGCGCUGGACUUCGAAGGGAAUAUGAAUAGGAUUCUGCAGUCCAUACAGGAGGCUAAGGAAAUGGGAGCAUUGUAUCGGACUGGACCGGAAUUAGAAAUAUGUGGGUACAGCUGUGAGGACCAUUUCUACGAGCCAGACACAUGUCUCCACAGUUGGCAAGUGCUCGCAGAGCUCCUCAAAUCUGCGACAUGUAAGGACAUGUUGAUCGAUGUCGGUAUGCCCGUUCAACACAGAAACGUACUAUACAACUGCCGGGUAGCGUUCCUGAACAAGAAGAUUCUUCUCAUUAGACCAAAGAUGUUGUUAUGUGAAGAUGGAAAUUAUAGAGAAUCUAGGUGGUUUUCGCCUUGGACCAAAGAACGACAGACUGAAGAAUACUAUUUACCUAGGAUGAUUUCGGCGAUAACGAACCAGUCGACGGUGCCUAUUGGUGAUGCUGUCAUUGCGACUAAAGAUACGUGUAUAGGUUUUGAAAUUUGUGAAGAAUUAUGGAAUCCGCAGAGUCGCCACAUUCCUCUCGGUUUGGAUGGUGUGGAGAUCAUAGCGAAUGGUUCGGGAAGUUACAUGGAACUACGCAAGGCUUACGUCACAGUGGAUCUAGUCAAAAGUGCCACCUUCAAGAGUGGGGGCGCGUAUUUGUUUAGUAAUCUGAGAGGAUGUGAUGGUCAGAGGAUAUAUUUUAAUGGCUGUUCCUGUGUGGCUGUUAAUGGGGAGAUUGUUAGUAGAGGACUGCAGUUUGCUCUGCACGAUGUGGAAGUAGUAACAGCAACGAUCGACCUCGAAGAUAUUCGUUCCUAUCGGACGCAGAUCCGCUCCCGAUCUCAUUUAGCGGCUUCCAACCCGCCAUUUCCUCGCAUCACAGUUGACUUCGCACUAUCAGAUGACGAAGACGUGUAUCUUACUACUAGUCCGCCCAUACAGUGGCAGUAUUUAACACCGGAGGAAGAAAUUGAACUAGGGCCGGCUUGUUGGCUAUGGGACUACCUGAGAAGAUCAGGGCAGGGAGGAUUCUUUUUACCGUUGAGUGGUGGAGUAGAUUCUACCAGUACUGCUUGCAUAGUUUUUUCUAUGUGUACACAGAUAUGUGAUGCUAUUCAGAAAGGAGAAAGUCAAGUGCUGUACGAUGUUCGGAAAAUCCUUUGUCAAUCAGACUACACGCCGUCUGAUCCGAUGGAGCUGUGUAAUCGGUUACUAGUGACCUGUUAUAUGGCUUCGGAGAAUUCUAGCCAGGAAACUAAACAACGAGCUUCACAGUUGGCCAGCGAGAUUGGUAGCUAUCACUUUCCGAUAGUGAUAGACGCAGCAGUGAGUGCAGUUAUUGGUAUAUUCACUAGCGCUACUGGUUUCGUACCGAAAUUUAGAACUAAGGGUGGCUGUCCGAGGCAGAAUCUAGCUUUACAGAAUAUACAGGCUCGUCUCCGCAUGGUUUUGUCCUACCUAUUCGCGCAACUAAUGCUCUGGGUGCGCGGCAGACCAGGUGGUCUAUUAGUACUAGGAUCCUCCAACGUGGACGAAGCCUUACGUGGAUACAUGACCAAGUACGACUGCUCCAGUGCCGAUGUAAACCCUAUUGGUGGCAUAUCGAAGACUGAUCUCAAGUCGUUCCUACAGUAUGCUAAGAAUAGAUUCUUCUUGCCAUCCCUGUCGGAGAUAUUACAAGCGCCUCCUACAGCAGAACUGGAGCCCCUAGCGGACGGUCAGAUCACGCAGACGGACGAACAAGAUAUGGGCAUGACUUAUGCAGAACUCUCUGAGUUUGGUAGACUGAGGAAGACACAGCAUUGUGGACCGUUUAGUAUGUUCCAUAAACUAGUGCACACGUGGAGUGAUAAGUGUACGCCGCAUGAGGUGGCAGAGAAAGUAAAGCACUUCUUCCGUUGUUACGCCAUCAACCGUCACAAGAUGACUGUCCUAACUCCUUCGUAUCACGCGGAGACUUAUAGUCCUGAUGACAACCGCUUCGACCAUAGACCGUUCCUAUACCGAGUACAUUGGAACUGGCAGUUCAAAGCCAUCGACGAUGCUGUUGCACAGAUGUCGAAAGAAAAGCGCGGUUCCAGUGAUAGACCUCAAGACGUGAAACUGAGCAGUGCAUCAACGUCCAACGUAAAUUCACACUUUAUGAGGGGCGACAGGAAAGGCGUCCUUAUAUAA